AUGGAGCUUCAUCCAAUUUUAGAACUCGACACAAAACCAAACGACAAUUUGUGGUACGUUGUGUCAGCUUUAGGGGACUCUCCCUCCAUGAGAGUUGGUCACACAUGUACUUUUGUAAAAAAUAUAAGCGGGGGACAAGGUAGAGUGUAUGUGAUAGGGGGUGCUAAUCCCAGUGGAUCGUUUGGUGAAGUGUACAUACUGGACUUGGAAACGUUAACUUGGGACACAUUGGAUACUCCAGGAUUUAAGGCACGAUACGAACAUGUUGCUUUCAUUCCUAAAAGUUAUCCAGAUAAAAUUUAUAUUUUCGGAGGUGCUGAUCAAACUGGAAACCUGAAUGACGUUCAAAUCUUGGAUCUUGUUUCUAACGAUUGGUCGACUAUGACAGUUCAAGGAACUCCGCCAUCACCAAGAACCCAUCAUACAACGGCAGUCGUUGGUAAUAAGCUUGUAGUGUACAGCGGGGGCCAUUCUGGUGCAGAACCAGUCGGUGACCGAAAGGUCCACAUCCUAGAUGUCACUACCUGUACAUGGUCUGCUCCAUCAUUUAACGGGGAACCACCUAAACCACGACAUGGUCAUCUCAUGCUGGCUGUCGGCAAAAAAGUCUACGUUCAUGGAGGAAUGGCGUCUUCAACAUUUUAUGAUGAUCUUCAUGUUUUGGAUUUUGAAAAAGGAGCCUGGUCAAGCAUCAAGAAGAAAAAGACCAGUCCGUCUGCCCGAGCAGCACAUGGUGGAGUUGUGAGCGGAACUGAUAUUUAUACUUUCGGAGGAAUGAACAAGGAUGGCGCUUUAGACGAGCUUUAUAAACUGGACACAAUAACAAACACUUGGUGUCAAUUAAAAUUAGAUGGUCCCCCUCCAGCUUCGAGACUAGAUUUUGGAAUUUGUGUUAUUGAGAUAGAGAGAGACCUUGCAGACGUUGAAAAUACUGCCAUUACUUCAGAAGGUGAAAAUACAAAAGAAUCAGUGGAAAAAGUACAGCCCCCUAAUGGUACUGAAAAUGGACCUCAACCUGAAAUGAAGACUUACAAAUUAUGUUUUAUCAAUGGUGGAAUGGACACACAGGGAGAAAUUUUUGACGAUUCGUUAGGUUUCUGUUUGCCAAUAUCAUAA